UACAUAUUCCUAUAUUGUGCCCGGACGCCAUGCCGCCGGUCCGUCGUUCAAAGCGCCUGUCAGCCGCAGAGCCGGAGCCGGAUCCGGCUUCGGCUUCGGCUUCGGAGCCGGAGCCGGAUCCGCUGGCGGAGCGGCGCCGCCGUCUCGCCGCCCUGACCAGAGAGCUGGCUGAGACCAGAGCCGCUGUACAAAAUGCAAGUAGCGCUGCCAGUAAGGAGUCGUUCGAGCCGAAGCGAAUCCUGGAGGCCACAGAACGAUUUUCGAGGUUUGCGCAGCUGCCUUCGUCUGUACUGGAUCUGCCUGACGGACAGGGCGAGGCGAUGAUGCGGGAGCACGGAGAGGCAGAGCGAGCGCGACUGCAGCGGGUGCUGCGGCUGGAGGCGGAGCUGGCCGAGGCCACGGUGGCCCAGCGCCAGCUGCAGCUGCGCGUUGACCAGCUGCGCCGCGACCUGCCGCCGCCCAGCCGGACGCUCGGAAUUGUCCAGCGCCAGCAGAGGGAGCCCGCCGUCCAGAGGGAUUACGCCCUGCUGGUGGACGAGUUCAAGCAGCUGUGCCACCUGUACCAGCUGACUGAGAACCUCAUGGUGUCGACCGAGUACGACAUGUUCUCCAACGCGACCUGGAUGGAGAGCGUGCGGCCGCGCUACCACACACUGGCGCGGCCGUCGCAGGUGUUCGUGGCGCCCGCCGAGUGACUCCGCCGGUCCGUCCCCGCUCGCGCCGUGGUGCCCGGCGACACGGCCUCCAACCGGGGGCCGGCGGCUCUCCCCCUCGCCCUAUGUGGGGACGUGCCUGGGCUGAUGUGGCGCACCCCGCGGGGCGGGAGGAGUGCGGGUGUGUGCUGAGGCGGUCGACGGCCGGCUGGAUCGGCUCACCCGCAGGCGCGGUCGCGCUGCUCUGUUCGUU